GCUCAACCACACUUUACUCCCAAUUCAAUGCAGAGUUCCUCUGCCCUCUCUCUUUCAAUAGUGCAGCAAAACAUGGAUGGGCACGGUGACCUUGACCUGAUUGCUGAGAGUUUCGACCCUGGAAUUAUUGGGAGACUGAGGGAAGAUGAGUUUGAGCAGAGCCGGUCAGGCAGUGAACAUUUUGAUGGGGCAUCUGGUGAUGAUCAAGACCCUGCCGAUGAGGAUGAUCAUCCUCGCAGGAAGAAGAAGUAUCAUCGUCAUACCCCCAGCCAAAUCCAAGAAUUGGAAUCUUUCUUUAAGGAAUGCCCACAUCCUGAUGAAAAGCAAAGAUCGGACCUCAGCAGGAGGCUUGGCUUGGAGACAAAGCAAGUCAAGUUUUGGUUCCAGAAUAGAAGAACUCAAAUGAAGACACAACUGGAGCGCCAUGAGAAUAUAAUUCUUAGGCAAGAGAAUGACAAGCUUCGAGCUGAGAAUGGUGUCAUGAAGGAUGCUAUGUCAAAUCCAAUAUGCCACAACUGUGGUGGCCCUGCCAUUCCUGGCCAAAUUUCUUUUGAUGAACACCAACUGAGGAUUGAGAAUGCUCGAUUGAAUGAUGAGCUCAGUCGCAUUUGUACUUUGGCGCAAAAGUUCUUGGGCAGGCCCAUUUCGAAUUUGGCUGCUCCCCCUUCUCUUCCCAGCUCAACUGCAGGUUUGGACCUGGCCAUGGGAAUAAAUGGGAUGGGUGGUUUGCACGCUGGGAGCAGCCAUCGGUUGUCAAUGGGGUUUGAGUUAGGAGAUGGGGUUGGGAGCUCUUCGCCUAUGAUGCCCCUAACAAAACCGGCUAUUGGAAUGCCAAAUGAGUUGCAGCAUCUGAAUGAUAGACAUGUUUACUUGGAGCUUGCUGGGGAAGCUAUGGAUGAAUUGGUUAGAAUGGCUCAAGCAGAUAGCCCUUUGUGGAUGAAAAGUUCAGAUGGUGGAACCGAAACAUUGAAUGUCGAGCUGUACAAGACAUCUUCUUGCAUUAGUACCAGACAAAGUGGCUUGGUAACUGAUGCUUCAAGGGAUUCUUGUAUGGUGAUCAUAAACAGCAUGGCUCUUGUAGAGACUAUGAUGGAUGCGAAUCGAUGGACAGAUAUGUUCCCUACUUUGGUUUCUAGAGCCUCCACCAUUGGCAUAAUUUCCAGUGGCCCAAGUGGAACCAGAAAUGGAACUAUUCAAAUGAUGCUUGCCGAGCUUCAAAUGCUUUCGCCAUUGGUUCCAGUCCGUCCACUGAAGUUCCUUCGUUUCUCCAAGCAGCUUGCAGAGGGUGUGUGGGCUGUUGUUGAUGUUUCCGUUGACAUCCACCAAGAUGCUUCCAGUAUGAACUGCCGGAGGCUUCCUUCUGGCUUCAUUGUGCAAGAUGUGCCCAAUGGUUACUCCAAGGUGACUUGGAUAGAACAUUCAGAAUAUAAUGAGAGUGGUGUUCAUCAACUGUUACAGCCACUACUACGUUCUGGUAUUGGCUUUGGUGCACAGAGGUGGCUUACCACUCUCCAGAGGGAAUGUGACGCCCUGUCUUUCCUUAUGUCCUCUGCCAACCCUAAUGAAGUUCCUAGAGGGUUAAGUAUGAAUUCAAAGAAAAGCAUGCUAAGGCUGGCACAGCGAAUGAUGCAAAGCUUUUGUUCUGGGGUUUGUGGCUCAUUAGUGCACCAGUGGGAUAAACUCUGUAUUGAUAAUGUUAGUGACAACGUGAGGGUUAUGGUGCGGCAGAGUUUGGAGGUGGGUGAGCCAUCUGGCUUUGUGUUGAGUGCUGCAACAUCUGUUUGGAUGCCGGUAUCAAGGUCAAGGUUGUUUGAUUUCUUGCGGAACUGGCAAUUAAGGGGGCAGUGGGAUAUUUUAGUAGGCUGCCGUCCACUGCAGGCCAUGGUUCAGAUUGACAAGGAUCAUGAAGGUGGCAACAGUGUUUCUCUCUUUAAUGCCAAGGGUCUUGAUGCCAGUAACAAUAACAAUAUGCUGAUGUUCCAAGAGACAAUGACAGAUGCUUCAGGCUCAAUAAUUGUGUAUGCACCGAUUACUUCAACAAGUUCAGAUAUCAUGAGGGAUGUCGUGUACGAGGGUGGAGAUUCUACUUAUGUAGAACUCUUACCAUCAGGAUUUGCAAUCCUUCCUUGUGUCACUUCUGAAUAUGUCAAAGAAGAAGGAAACGGAUCUGAUGAAGGGGGAUGUCUGCUGACAGUUGGAUUCCAGAUUGUGUGUGAUGGUGGCCAACCAACAUCCAAGCUCACUAUGCACUCGGUAAAGACUAUUAUUGAUCUCAUUUCCUCCACCGUUCAGAAGAUCAAAAGUGCCCUUCAAAUAAAUGAUGGCCCUUGA